AUGCUGUCGCGCGCCCGGAGCACCUCCGGCUACCGCCACGUCCGCGCCAGCCCCUCCGGGGUGUAUUACGCGGAGAUCCGCUCCGGUGAUACACGCCUCGGUCUCGGGACGUUCGAGACCGCCCACGACGCCGCCCGCGCGUAUGAAGCGGCGUCGUGGUGCCUCAGGAGGCCACGGGCGCAGAUGAAUUUCUCAGACGCGCGGACGCGCCAGCAGGCGCAGGACCUCACGCCUUCGCCGCGACUAAUCACCGCGGAGGACCGCUGCAUCCAUCGUAGACUGGGGCGCCGCCUCCUCAUCGCCGAGGCGGAUGAGCACGCCAUGACAGCGUGGCGCAAGCGCUUCCCAGAGGAUGUCGCCGCCAAGAACGAGUUCUGGGCGCAGCGAGCCGUGGAUCGGGCGGACAGGCGUGAGCGGAAGGCACUGGCGGUAGCGCAGUGUGAACUGGGAUCUGCGUCGACCUUUUACGACAAUUAUCCUCGGUGGGAAGACGCGUUUCUGUCGUUGGAUUGA